UAUAUAUUUUAGGGUAAUAAUGAAAAAAGUCAUAGUUUGUUUCCUUUGUUCUAUUCUAUCUUUUAAGCUCUCUGUUCUCCUCUUCACCUUCUUUUCCAGAUCUUCAUCUUUCCCGUGAACACCAGAAAACACGUAACCUCCAAAGAUGGAUGAUCAUCGGAGUCGUGUCUCUCUCUCUCCACCGGAUGCUCACAUGAGCAACUACUUCCUCAACCAGUCAACAGCCACCGACGACGAUAACGCCUCCGCCGCGAUGGAAGCUUUCAUCGGAACAAAUCACUGGUCACAACAACCAUCCCUUCCUCCUCCUCCUCCUCCGUCACUGUCUCAGUUCAACGAAGAUACUCUCCAGCAACGUCUCCAAACGCUGAUCGAAUCCGCGGGUGAGAGAUGGACUUACGCGAUCUUCUGGCAGAUCUCGCACGAUUUCGACUCUCCCGCCGGAGAGAACACGGUGAUUCUCGGGUGGGGAGACGGGUACUACAGAGGAGAGGAAGACAAAGAGAAGAAGAAGAAACAGAGCUCGAGCUCGAAUCCGGCGGAGCAGGAGCAUCGGAAGAGAGUAAUCCGGGAGCUUAACUCGUUAAUUGCCGGCGGCGGAGCCGGAGUUUCCGACGAAGCCAACGACGAGGAGGUUACGGAUACAGAGUGGUUCUUCUUGGUUUCGAUGACGCAGAGCUUCGUCAACGGCGUUGGGCUCCCCGGAGAGUCUUUUUUAAACUCCCGCGUGAUUUGGUUAUCCGGGUCGGGUGCGUUAACCGGGUCGGGCUGCGAGCGGGCCAGGCAAGGCGAGGUUUACGGGUUGCAGACGAUAGUGUGUAUCGCUGCGGAAAACGGCGUCGUUGAGCUUGGUUCGUCGGAGGUGAUAAGUCAAAGCUCAGAUCUGAUGGAUAAAGUCAACGGUCUCUUUAACGGUAACGGUGGAGGAGAAGCUUCUUCUUGGGGGUUUAAUCUCAAUCCCGAUCAAGGAGAGAACGAUCCUGCUUUGUGGUUAUCUGAACCGAACUUAACCGGAAUCGAACCGGUUCAGGAAACGCCCGCGAUUGAGAACGCCGCUGAUUUGAACUUCUCGAGCUCAGGGCUGAACCAAAACGGUAACUUUAAACAAGGGUCGUCAAGCAACAAGAAGAGAUCUCCGGUUGGGAAAGACGAAGAAAUGCUUUCUUUCAGCACGGUGGUUCGAUCCGCGGCGAAGUCAGUGGACUCUGAUCAUUCCGAUAUCGAAGCAUCGGUGGUUAAGGAGGCGAUUAUCGUCGAACCGGAGAAGAAACCGAGGAAACGGGGGAGAAAACCGGCUAACGGGAGAGAAGAGCCGUUGAACCAUGUGGAAGCAGAGAGGCAGCGAAGGGAGAAGCUAAACCAGAGAUUCUACUCGUUGAGAGCUGUGGUUCCCAACGUUUCGAAAAUGGACAAGGCUUCUCUUCUUGGAGACGCCAUUUCGUAUAUCAACGAGCUGAAAACGAAGCUGCAGCAAGCGGAGACCGAUAAGGAAGAGGUUCAGAAGCAGCUAGAUCGGAUGAGCAAGGAAGGUGGCGGGUCUAGGAGGGCGAAAGAGCGAAAAUCGAACCUAGAUUCCGCGAGUUCUGUGGAAAUGGAGAUUGAUGUGAAGAUCAUAGGUUGGGAUGUGAUGAUACGUGUACAAUGCGGCAAGAAGAAUCAUCCUGGUGCGAGGUUCAUGGAAGCGCUUAAGGAGUUGGAUUUGGAAGUGAAUCAUGCUAGUUUAUCUAUGGUGAAUGAUUUGAUGAUUCAACAAGCUACUGUGAAGAUGGGAAGCCAGUUUUUCAAUCAUGAUCAGCUCAAGGCUGCUUUAAUGUUGAAAGUUGGAGAAGACAGUUAAAAAAAGUUGAUUAGAUGCAGCUCUUAUUUUCUUUGAUGCACCUCCAGCUUCAUGUUGUUAACAUUGUUGUUCAUUAGGAGAAAUAGACCUGUUUAGCUCUUAGUUUAGGGCGAGAUCGAAGUUGGAGGAGCAGAGAGAGGUAGUAAUGUAAGAAAUCUUGUGUUGUACUUGUUUGUAUAUAUGUAUGGAAUAAUAAGUGAGAUCAUUUCUAUUGAAUUGGAUUCGGUUCUGUGAA